GAGCCGGGCGUCGGAGGCCCUGAGGCGGGCCGCAGAGCCCGGAGACUGAGCGGCUUUGGGGAAGGGGCAGUUAAGGAAGUAGGCCUCGGCUUCCGUCGGUCGCUGCUCGGCUCUGCGGCCCGUUUGGACCGCGGAGGGGGACGUCUUCCCCUCCCGCGGGGCGCUGGGUUGGACUGUGGAAACCGAGGCAACUUCCCCCGUCUUCCCGGCUGAGGCGCCUGCGCGGGCCUCGCGACCGGGCUCGCCCGCAACCCGCCUUGGUCGGCGCGCCCACCUCGCCUGCGGACCCCGGAGGCGCCUACGCGGACUCGUGACACCCCCAGCCCGCCGGCAACCCCACCCGGCUCUGACCCCCUCAACUCUGCAGGACCCGGCGCGCGAGGACCCCACGACCCGCGGGCGCCUGCGCGGACCCCGCGAGCCCCGGCGCCUGCGCAAGUCCCCGACGCCGCCCCCGCCCCUACUUACCGGGCCCCGCAGCAGGGGCCGGAGCCGCCGGCGGCGGGGCGGGGGGGGCGCCCCGAUGAGCCCCGAGUGCGAGGAGCCGCCGCCCCCCCUCGCAGGGCGCCAUGUUUUGGAAGUUUGACCUGCACACAAGCUCACACCUGGACACGCUGCUGGAGCGGGAGGACCUGAGCCUGCCGGAGCUGCUGGACGAGGAAGACGUGCUGCAGGAGUGCAAGGUGGUCAACCGCAAGCUGCUGGACUUCCUGCUGCAGCCACCCCACCUGCAGGCCAUGGUGGCCUGGGUCACCCAGGAGCCGCCUGCUAGCGGUGAGGAGCGGCUUCGCUACAAGUACCCCAGUGUGGCCUGCGAGAUUCUGACCUCAGACGUACCGCAGAUCAAUGACGCCCUGGGUGCUGAUGAGUCCCUCCUGAACCGGCUCUACGGCUUCCUGCAGAGCACCGGCAGCCUCAAUCCGCUGCUGGCCAGCUUCUUCAGCAAGGUCAUGGGCAUCCUCAUCAACCGCAAGACGGACCAGCUUGUGUCCUUUCUGCGGAAGAAGGAUGACUUCGUGGACCUGCUGCUGCAGCACAUCGGCACCUCGGCCAUCAUGGACCUGCUGCUGCGCCUGCUUACCUGUGUGGAGCGGCCCCAGCUGAGGCAGGACGUUGUCAAUUGGCUCAACGAGGAGAAGAUCGUCCAGCGGCUGAUUGAGCAGAUCCACCCGUCGAAGGAUGAGAAUCAACAUUCCAACGCGUCCCAGUCCCUGUGUGACAUCGUCCGCCUGAGCCGGGAGCAGAUGAUCCAAGUCCAGGACAGCCCGGAGCCUGACCAGCUGCUGGCCACCCUGGAGAAGCAGGAGACAAUUGAGCAGCUCUUAAGCAACAUGUUCGAGGUGGAGCAGAGCCAGUCUGUCAUCGUCAGUGGGAUCCAGGUGCUGCUGACCCUGCUGGAGCCCAGGAGGCCGAGGUCCGAGUCCAUGACUGUGAACAACUUCUUCAGCAGUGUGGAUGGGCAGCUGGAGCUCCUGGCCCAGGGAGCCCUGGAAAGCACUGUGUCCAGUGUGGGCGCCUUGCAUGCCCUGCGCCCGCGGCUCAGCUGCUUCCACCAGCUCCUGCUGGAGCCUCCCAAGCUGGAGCCGCUACAGAUGACGUGGGGCAUGCUGGCUCCGCCUCUGGGCAACACGCGGCUGCACGUGGUCAAGCUCCUGGCCAGCGCCCUGAGCGCCAAUGAUGCAGCCCUGACGCAGGAGCUCCUGGCACUGGAUGUGCCCAACACCAUGCUGGACCUCUUCUUCCACUAUGUCUUCAACAACUUCCUGCAUGCCCAAGUGGAGGGAUGCGUGAGCACCAUGCUGAGCUUGGGGCCACCUCCUGACAGCAACCCUGAGACGCCCGUCCAAAACCCUGUUGUGAAACAUCUGCUGCAGCAGUGCCGCCUGGUGGAGCGGAUCCUGGCUUCCUGGGAGGAGAACGACCGUGUACAGUCUGCGGGAGGCCCUCGGAAAGGCUACAUGGGCCACCUGACGAGAAUGGCCAACUCCCUGGUGCAGAGCACAGAGAAGGGGCCCAAUGCAGAGCAGCUGGGACAGCUGCUGAAGGAGCUGCCCAGCGAGCAGCAGGAGCAGUGGGAAGCCUUUGUGUCGGGGCCCCUGGCGGAGACCAACAAGAAGAACAUGGUGGACCUGGUGAACACCCACCACCUACACUCCUCCAGUGACGAUGAGGACGACCGGCUCAAGGAGUUCAACUUCCCUGAGGAGGCCGUGCUGCAGCAGGCCUUCAUGGACUUCCAGAUGCAGCGCAUGACCUCCGCCUUUAUUGACCACUUUGGCUUCAAUGAUGAGGAGUUUGGGGAGCAGGAGGAGAGUGUGAACGCACCUUUUGACAAGACAGCCAACAUCACCUUCUCCCUCAACGCCGACGAUGACAACCCCAACGCCAACCUACUUGAGAUAUGCUACAAGGACCGCAUCCAGCAGUUUGAUGAUGAUGAGGAAGAGGAGGACGAGGAAGAGGCCCAGGGCUCAGGGGAGUCUGAUGGAGAAGAUGGCGCCUGGCAGGGCAGCCAGUUGGCCAGGGGGGCCCGUCUGAGCCAGCCCCCUGGUGUCCGGAGUGGAGGCAGCACAGACAGUGAGGAUGAAGAAGAGGAGGACGAGGAGGAGGAGGAAGACGAGGAGGGCAUUGGCUGUGCAGCCCGUGGAGGGGCCACCCCCAUGUCCUACCCCAGCCCUGGCCCUCAGCCUCCAGGCCCCAGCUGGACAGCCACCUUUGACCCAGUGCCUACAGAUGCCCCGACCAGCCCCCGAGUCUCCAGGGAGGAAGAGCUGCACACCGGGCCUCCAGCCCCACAGGGACCCCUCAGUGUGUCCCAGGACCUCCCCACCGAGGACCUGGCCAGCCCUCCUGCCCGUGAUGCCCUGCAGCUCAGGUCUCAGGACCCCACACCCCCCUCAGCACCUCAGGAAGCCACAGAAGGCAGCAAAGUCAUAGAGCCCUCAGCCCCCUGCCAGGCCUUGGUUAGCAUCGGGGACCUUCAGGCCACCUUCCACGGGAUCCGUUCUGCCCCCAAUUCCUCGGACAGUGCAACCAGAGACCCCGCUACCUCUGUCCCAGCCUCCGGGGCCCACCAGCGCCCGCAGACCACAGAUGGGGAGAAGAGCCCAGAGCCCUUGGGGCUUCCCCAAAGCCAGAGUGCCCAGGCCCUCACGCCUCCUCCGAUACCCAAUGGCUCUGCCCCGGAAGGGCCUGCAUCCCCAGGCUCCCAAUAGCUGCCUGGUGCGGCAGCGGCGGCCAAAUCUUCCGUCCUUCCGUGGAUCUCCCAGGGUGGGGGCAGGGCGGGUCCCAUGAUGGCCCCCAGUGUCCUCAUCACCCUGAACCCCCCACAUUCUCUCCUCUGGACCCCCAGGAGGCGGGUGUCAGGGAGACAGGCCCAACCCACCCCCAUUUGCACUGAGAAGAGAAGUUUUGGAGCAUUGCCUCCUAGAAUAAAGAUAAAGAGAGUCAAAUAGAGAGAAUGGAGAGAGAGAAACGUAUAUUAUAUAUUAUAUAUAGAGAGAGGGAGGAGAGCGAGAGAAAGUGAGGACACCAAACUGGGCUGGCGGCUCCAAAGCACAGCCUUCCCCGUUCCGUCCCAGCGGGGGCUGGUGUUAGGGGUCCCAAGGUUGCCGCCCACGUGCCCAGCCGUCCCAUGCUCCAGCGCAGAUGGCCACGCCCACACCCGGCCUUUCAGCUCAGGUCCACCAUGGGGGACGGCCCAGUGCAGGUGGGGGUGCCAGAGGAUCCCGAGUGGGGGCCGUGCCUUUGCCCAGACCCUGCACUUUCAACCAGGCCAGUCCGGCUCUGGGGAGCAGGGGCCUCCCCGGCAACACCCCUAGGGGCCUUGAGGGUCUGGGGUCCCAGCCCUGUUGCCAAGUGGCCUUGUCCCCAGCUCCCUCCUCCAGGCUGGUGUGUGUGUGCGUGCGUUCGUGCCGAGCUUCUAUUUCAUAUUGCAAAUAUAAAUAAAGGAAGACAGUUUACGAUU